AUGGAUAAGAACAAGAAAGACAUUAUGAAUUUGAUAAAUAUUUGCCAACAUCACAAGAUGUACAAGUAUUACUAGUACCUAAACAUGUUUUACAAGUACUAUGACAAACUGAGCAACUACUACCAAUUAGUACAUAAUGAUCAACACAUGUUUAACAUACAGAGGAGGAUGUGCAAGUAGCACAUUAACUUUGGCAAGGUUAACAAUUACCUAACCAUUUAUAGAACUUUGGAAAACAAGUUUAACAACCUAAGAGAUUACAAACUUAACAUCCAUUUGAGCAAGCACUACAUUAUAAAAAUACUUCAGUCACACGAUAUCCUGGGUUACAUGUGUCACAGAUUAAAGGAUAUGAACAACUUUAACAAUUUGAUGCACAAUCUAGGCAUGAACCUUCAAAUAAAACUUAGCCUUAUCCACAGCUCUAAGUCACUAUUUAAGUUGAUAAUUGA